AUGACGAGAGAAAAAGGCAGCGCCGCUGUGGCUCUCCGCCGCCACAUCGAGUCCGUCUCCAACGGCAAAGGAAACCUCACCGACGAGCAAAUAGUAAACCUACUCUGCUCGUUACACCGCCUCACCUACAGCCGCCUCGACCGCAACCUCCUAACUGAACGCGUUGCCAAAAUCACCCAGCUCCAGCGCCGGAGAGCAGGCGUCUUUUCCCAAGAUCCCGCUCCGUUCUCAGCCAGACGCCAAAAAAUCAAUGAGCCCGCUCCGUUCUCAGCGAAACGGAAAAAAAUCAAUGAGUUCUCCGCCAGUCCAUUGGAAAAGGGCGAUUGUAGUAAUAAUCCGAAAACGAUUGGGAAUUUAGGGCGGAGUGAUGAAUUAGGCCAUGGCAGGGGAGAGAUGAACAGGAAUGGGAGAAGGAGUGAGAGUGAGAGUGAGAGUGAGAAACAUAGUCGGCCAAGUUUUAGGGAUUUAUUGGGAAUCACUAGUGUGAUUGACGAAUUGAAGCAGGAGGUGGUUCGGCCACUGCAUCAGCUGAAGCUGCUGCGCCACCUCGGAGUCAAGCCUACGUCUCGAAUUCUGCUGCAUGGGCCACCCAAAUGUGGGAAGACCAUGUUGGCCCGAGCUGUUGCCAAUGAGGCCAGAUUGCCAUUGUUCGAAAUCUCUGUUGCUCGAUUGAUGCGUGGAGAUUUAGGUGCAGCAGAAGAAAAGAUCCGAAGAUUGUUCUUAACAGCAUACAUGAGAGCACCAUCUGUUGUGUUCAUUGAUGAAAUUGAUGCGAUGACUUCAGUAAAGAAAAGGACACUCAAGGAAGUAGAGUAUCGCAUAGUGGAUCAGUUGAUGGCUUUUAUGGAUGGGCGAGACAGACCUACCGGACCAGUAAAUGACGAUGUUAGUUUUGAAAGUUCUAAUAGUACACCUGGCUAUGUGCUGGUGAUUGGAGCCACCAAUAGGCCUGAUGCUCUUGACACUGCCUUAAGGCGUUUAUUUGAUCGUGAAUUUGCUUUAGGUGUUCCAGAUGAAUGUGAAAGGUUUGACAUUUUGUCAGCUCUAACGCGUAAUCUUAAGGUUGAAGUUGGUUUUGAUCCCAGGAAAUUAGCUAGGUCCACUAUGGGUUAUGUAGCAGGAGAUUUGGUAGCUCUAGCAAAAAAGGCUGGUAUGCUUGCUGUACAUAGUAUCAUGGGCAAGAGAAACACAGAGUAUCUCAAAGAACUGAGGCACAUGGUUGAACAUGGAGAAUGUUACAUGCAGCCAUUUUACGAUGAAGAAUUGGAGAACCUUAGCAUAACCAUGAAUCACUUUGUGCAAGCUGGAAAGAUGGUUCAGCUGUCUGCAAUUAUGAAAGAUUUUUUCACCACACUACAUGCAAAGUGGGAUGAUGUUGGAGGUCUUGAAGCAUUGAAAUCGGAGUUUGAACGCCAUGUAGUUAAAGCGAUAAAGUAUCCUCGAGUUUAUGAGCUAAUAUCAGAAUUAACGAUGGAAGGUGUUCUUGUGUUUGGUGCAACAAACAGGCUUGAAAUUGUGAGUCAUUCUUCACUCAUCAAAACACAAUUUGAUAGGCUUCUGUAUGUUCCUCUCCCUACUCCAGAAGAGCGAGGUGCGAUAUUGAAAGCUCUUACUCGAUGCAAGCCAAUAGAUCCCGAUGUGGACCUGAUGGCCCUAGGAAACGACGUGGCCUGUGAAAAUUUUAGUGGCCGUGAUCUAUUUACUUUGGUAACAGAAGCUUCUAAGUUCGCCAUUAAUAGACCAGCAUUGUCUGUUGGGAACCGCAUGACAAUCAAAUAUGCAGAUUUCGAGAGUGCGUUGGCGGAAGUCUCCCCUUCUCUCUCAGCCACGGUGCUGCUACUGGAAGUCAAGAAGUAG